CUUGCUCGCAGCCACGCCGCGCAGCAGCAGCACCUUGCCCGUAGCCGCCGCGCAGCACCAGCACCUCCUGUUCGUCGAUGCAGACUUACUCUCAAGACGAGCGCCGCCGCCGCGUCACCUGGUUCGGUGCCAUGGCCUCAGCCGUGCUGCUGCUGCUGCUGCUGCACACAGCCACGACUCGACCCCAGCAGCAAGCGGGCGAGAGCGUCGCCUCUUUGCGGCCGCUACCCUCGACCUACACGUGCUCAGAGGGCGGUGUGGGCGCCCUACCCAAGUGGUUUCAGGACUCAAUGAACGGUGAGCUGCAGACCAUGUUUGACCGGCGUGAGCUGCCGACGCCGCCCAACCCUGGCGUCGAGCAGCAGCACAUCGUCCCAUUCGUGACUGCCUAUAGAACCAACUCGUCGGUGGCCGGAAUCAAGAUCGGCAGGGUGGUGGUUAGCACGUGCAGGCAGUCGAACAAGGGGUUUCCCCUCGACCCUCUCUUUAGCGCGAAGCCGAGCCACGUACGAGUUGUCGUGCAAGGGCUCCAGAUCAACAUCACGGCAAACUGGUGGGCAACAGAGGCGGGCUACUACCUCGGAGGCGGCAACUACUCGCUCGCCAUGGCAGGCAACGUCACGCUCGACCGCAUCUCGCUCGACCGCGACGACCUGCUCCACGGCCGCGCGGUGCCGAGCUGUGAGGGGGAGCUGACGGUGGUCGACCAGGCUUUCACCGGCCCUUCGGCCCUCGUGGAGGUCGUGAAGAGAGUCAGCUCCGAGCCUGACGCGCUCGGCCAGGCGUGCGAGGGUCGCGAGCAGGAUGCGUCGAACCCGCUCGCCUCCGAGUGGGAGUGGCUAGGUCCCGGCCCUCCACCCGUCGGCUUGCGGGCGGAGCUCAACGACCUGCUCCGCAACCUGCGCAUCUCCGUCGAGCCAUUCUGGUCGCUGAUCAAGGACAAGUACCACAACGAGGAGGGAAGAAAGCCGGCGGCGGGCGAGGGGAAGAUAUUCGACGCGACGAUGCUGCCAAAGGUUCUUAGGAAUGCGGCACCUCUCUCCGUCUGAUCGCGCGCGCGAGGUGUGGCUGGGGCGGAGACAAGGGGCGUGAGGCCCGCGGCUCUCCUCCGGGUUGGCUCCCUUUUGUCAUCUGUGCCAAGUGUCUGUGCAACGUCAGAACAUUGUGUGUUCGCUCUCUCUCUCAUCUCUGCGUGUCUCCGAUGUGUAUAUGUCACGUGUGGUCCUGCGCGUUCGGUAUGUGCGUGUGUGGAGAGCGGCGGUGGUGUGGGCCGGGUCCGUGUCCGGGGUGGCGCGCGAUGCCGUCUCGCCGCACGCGACGAAAUAAUUCCGAAAUUUG